GUCCGUUGGGAGGCGGGCGCGAAGGGAUGCUUCGGCGUUACCGGCCCCUGGCCUGGGUCUUUCUGUGGGUCACCUUCACCCAUUCUCCCAGAAACCGCGCGCUGAAUGCGCAUUCGGGCGUUUCCGGCAGGUCUCUUAUAAAGAGUAUAUUGCUGGGCUUUUUACCCUUUUAUCCUGUUUGAAUGUUAUUUUAAUAGCCCACAGGUCCUGCCUCCACAAAGAUAAGACAAAUCUGUGAUGUGAGUAAAAGGAAGCCUGGAGAGCAGUUAUCCAUCAUGGAAGGAGACCUUCUGACCUUAGAAUUCUCCUGGAAGCUGCUGGGCCCUGAGAUAGAGUGGACCCUGGAAUUGAUGGAUCUACAGCUUAUCUUAACCCUUCUGCCCUGAGUGGACAAGCCCUGAAUGACAUCUCAGCCUUCAGAGAUCAGCAGUCGCUGUAUGACAAUGGAGCAUUUAACCCAGAUGAUGGAAAGGAGAGCUUGGCAUUCUCAGGACUCUGGCCUUUUGGAGGAAGAAGAGGAUAUGACCAGGUCUCUUGAAACAGUGACAUUUAAGGAUGUUGCUGUGGACCUCACCCAGGAGGAAUGGCAGCAAAUGAAACCUGCUCAGAGGAACUUGUACCGGGAUGUGAUGCUAGAGAACUACAGCAACCUAGUCACAGUGGGUUAUCAAGUCACCAAACCAGAUGUGAUCUUCAAGUUGGAGCAGGAAGAGGAGCCAUGGGUGGUAGAGGAAGAAAUGCUUGGGAGGCACUGUCCAGAAGUUUGGGAAGUUGAUGAACAGAUCAAGAAGCAACAGGAAACACUUGUGAGGAAAGUCACAUCCAUCUCCAAGAAAACUCUGAUUAAGGAAAAUGUCAUUGAAUGUAAAAGAGUUACAAAAAUAUUUCCUUUGAGCUCAGAUAUUCUUACUUCAAGACAAAACUUCUUUGAAUAUGACUCACUUGAUAAGGGUUUGGAACAUAAUUUAGAUUUACUUAGUUAUGAGAAGAACUGUGUAAGAGAGAAAAACUAUGAGUAUAAUAAGUACAGGAAGCCUUUUUACCAUUGUUCAUCCCAUGUUCUAACCCCUUUUAAGUGUAAUCAGUGUGGACAAGACUUCAGUCAUAAAUUUGACCUCAUCAGACAUGAGAGAAUUCAUGCUGGAGAGAAACCCUAUGAAUGUAAGGAAUGUGGAAAAGCUUUCAGCAGGAAGGAAAAUCUUAUCACACAUCAAAAAAUUCAUACUGGGGAAAAACCAUAUAAGUGUAAUGAAUGUGGAAAAGCUUUCAUUCAGAUGUCAAACCUUAUUAGACACCAGAGAAUUCAUACAGGGGAGAAACCUUAUGCAUGUAAGGAUUGUUGGAAAGCCUUCAGUCAGAAAUCAAAUCUCAUUGAACAUGAGAGAAUUCAUACUGGAGAAAAACCCUAUGAAUGUAAAGAAUGUGGAAAAUCCUUCAGCCAGAAGCAAAACCUUAUUGAGCAUGAGAAAAUUCACACUGGGGAGAAACCUUAUGCAUGUAAUGAAUGUGGUAGAGCUUUUUCUCGAAUGUCAUCUGUUACUCUACACAUGAGAAGUCACACAGGGGAGAAACCCUAUAAAUGUAAUAAAUGUGGAAAAGCCUUCUCUCAAUGCUCAGUGUUUAUUAUACAUAUGAGAAGUCAUACAGGUGAGAAGCCUUAUGUGUGUAGUGAAUGUGGGAAAGCGUUUUCUCAAAGUUCAUCCCUUACUGUACAUAUGAGAAAUCACACAGCCGAGAAACCUUAUGAAUGUAAUGAGUGUGGAAAAGCCUUCAGCAGGAAAGAAAAUCUCAUUACACAUCAGAAAAUUCAUACUGGAGAGAAACCAUAUGAAUGUAAUGAAUGUGGGAAAGCUUUUAUUCAGAUGUCAAACCUCAUUAGACACCAGAGAAUUCAUACUGGUGAGAAACCUUAUGCAUGUACAGUGUGUGGGAAAGCCUUUAGUCAGAAAUCAAAUCUCACUGAACACGAGAAAAUUCAUACUGGAGAGAAACCCUAUCAUUGUAAUCAAUGUGGAAAAGCUUUCAGUCAGAGACAAAAUCUCCUUGAGCAUGAAAAAAUUCAUACUGGAGAAAAACCAUUUAAAUGUAAUGAAUGUGAUAAAGCCUUCUCUCGAAUCUCAUCCCUUACUCUUCAUGUGAGAAGUCAUACAGGGGAGAAACCGUAUGAAUGUAAUAAGUGUGGAAAAGCCUUCUCUCAAUGCUCAUUACUUAUUAUACAUAUGAGAAGUCAUACUGGUGAGAAACCUUUUGAAUGUAAUGAAUGUGGGAAAGCAUUCUCUCAAAGAGCAUCCCUUUCUAUACAUAAGAGAGGGCAUACAGGUGAGAAACGCCGAAAACCUCAUAAAUGUAAGGAAUGUGGGAAAGCCUUUCAUUCUAACUCACAACUCCGUAAACACCAAAAGAUCCACAUUGGUGAGAAACCCUAUAAAUGUAAGGAGUGUGGGAAGGCCUUUCCAUCUACCUCACAACUUAAUUUACAUCAGAGAAUUCAUACUGAUGAGAAAUACUAUGAAUGUAAGGAAUGUGGGAAAGCCUUUACCCGUCCCUCACAUCUUCUUCGACAUCAGAGAAUCCAUACUGGUGAGAAACCCCAUAAAUGUAAGGAGUGUGGGAAAGCAUUCCGUUACGACACACAGCUUAGUCUUCAUCAGAUAAUUCAUACUGGUGAAAGACGCUAUGAAUGUAAGGAAUGUGGAAAGGUAUAUAGUUGUGCCUCACAACUGAGUCUACAUCAAAGAAUUCAUACUGGUGAGAAACCUCAUAAAUGUAAGGAAUGUGGGAAAGCGUUUAUCUCUGAUUCACAUCUUAUUAGACAUCAGAGUGUUCAUACUGGUGAGAAACCAUAUAAAUGUAAGGAAUGUGGAAAGGCCUUUCGUCGUGGCUCGGAACUUACUCGACAUCAGAGAGCUCACACUGGAGAGAAACCCUAUAAAUGUAAGGAAUGUAAAAUGGCCUUUACUUGUAGCACAGAACUUAUUCGACAUCAAAAAGUUCACACUGGUGAGAGACCCCAUAAAUGUAAGGAAUGUGGAAAGGCUUUUAUUCGAAAGUCAGAACUUACUCAUCACGAGAGAAGUCAUAGUGGUGAAAAGCCCUAUAAGUGUAAGGAAUGCGAGAAGGCCUUUGGUCGUGGCUCAGAACUUAAUCGACACCUGAAAAUUCAUACUGGUGAGAAACCUUACAAAUGUAAGCAAUGUGGGAAGGCCUUUAUUCGUGGCUCACACCUUAGUAAACAUCAAAGAAUUCAUACAGGAAAGAGGAGUGAAUGAAGUCAUGGGAAGGCUCAAAAUUUUACUGACAUCUGCAAAGUCAUACUAGUAAAACAAACAAAACCCUCUGAUUUUAAGGAAUGUGGGAAAGCCUUUGAAGAUAACAAUAUCAGAGCUCACAGUGUGGAUACAGGGCCUUUAUUUGAGGGCCAGAAUUUAUUUGACGUGUUAAUGCUGAGAUACUUUAUAAAUGUUAGAGAUUGAGAGGGUUCUAUUUAUGUUUCAAAAUUUAUUAGACAUCAGGGUUCAGUUGAAAUAAAAGUGAAAAAAUCCCAUGAAUGUAAGGAAAGUGGGAAGGCUUUGGAAGGCAGUUAAUGUGUCAGAGACAGUCAUACAAAUGGUUCUCAACAUCAGGGUCAUUUGCCCUGUGGGAAAUCAGAGGAUUCAUAAUAUAAAUGUCAUAAAUAUAGGAGACCAAUUUGCUUUAGCUAACAAAUUACUUGUCUCAUAAUUCAUACUUGAGGAAGGCUACAUACAGUAAUGUUAAAAAUGCAGCAAAUUCUUCCCGUUCAAAUCUUAAUAUUUGCAAGCUCAUCUUCUAAAAUUAACCUGAACUGAGGCAGAUUGGGAAAGGAUUUAACCAAUGCUCAGUCCUUACUUGGCUUAUAGGGCAAAUUACUUAACUAGGUCUAAACUUUCUCACUUAUAAAUUAGUAAUAUUAAUUAGUACCAUCUUGUUAGCAUUAUGAAGUUAAAUAAUUACAUUAUAUCCCAUAGAAUACUGUAUGGCUCGUAUUGAAAGUGAGUUAAAUAAGAGCUGAUUUAUUUUCAUAUUUGUGGAUAGACAUCAUAUGAGAGGAAGGCCUUAUGUGUACCAUGACUAUCAGAACAUCUUAAAUCAUCUCUUUAUUGAAUGUCAGGUAAUUCCUUCUGGAAAAAAAUUGAAAACUGAAGUGUUCAUUCACCUUGCCCUCUUGCCUCACUAGGGGAAAGGAAAUCAAGGCAAGUUACAAUUCGGAGUGAAUGACAAAAAAAAACCUCCAUGUUGAAAGUUGUAGGAUGCAACAGAGCUAUACUUAGGAAAAUUAACUUCUUUUAAUAUGUGUAGAAAAUGCAGACAGUUAAUGGCCACAAUUCAUUGUCAGUUCAAUGUACUUGGUGCACUGCCUGUUCUAAUAGGUUCCCUGUAAACACUUGUUGAAAUCUGAGAAAUGAGAGAGUAAAUGAAUAAGCAUUUGACUCUAGUGUGUAGAAAAGCUCUAAUUAAGAGCAAAGCCCAAAACAAAACAACAAAAAACCUUGAAAACUUUUUGAAAUGGGGGGAAAAAAACCCUCAGCCAUCAUGAAUGAAAGGAAAUGUAACUACAAAAAAGGAGUUUUAAAGAAAGAAGGCAAUAUUGUUGCCCCAGACACUGUUGGUUGCCUAUCCAUUGGUGUUAGCCAUUCUCCCUUUGCCAGGACUGCCUGCUGCCCAUCUAAAGUCUAGGUCUUGCACCUAGUUUGCUUUGCAUCUGGGCAUAUAUGUGACAGUCCUGGCCAUACAAGAUCUGAGCAAAAGUCUGCAAGUAGGCUUUAGGUUAAAUUUUCUUUCCUAACAAUAGGAGGAAGUAGCCUUAUGUUACAGGAUGCAUGUCUAUAUGUCUGAUACCUGAGAGGCUGAGAUUGGCACAGGGGACAGAUUGGAAUUACCUGCAUCCUUGACACUGUUGAACUGGUGAAAUGAUGCAGAGCUGCCCUGUCCCUGGAUUUUGAGUAAAAUAAGAAACUUCAUGCAUAUCUGUUUUUUAAAGGUUAUACUCAAUUUUUUAUGAUAGACCUGAGUCCUGGGAAAAAAUAUUUUUGUAUGUAUAUAUACAUAUUUAUUCAUCUUUAAUUUAGUAAGACGAGGAAAUGUUUAUAUUCAGCUCUUUAUACUAUAUCUGAAAUUGUGGAAAAGCAUUAUUUUCUUAAAUACUUUUUAGACGUGUAUACAUGUAUUCUACUUCGAUUUAGUAAGACAUGGGAAAUGGUUUUUUUUGUUGUGUUUUGACAUUCAGCAUUGUACUGUGUGUGUUUAUAUUCAGCUCUUUAAAGCAUGGCUGAAAUCCUCAGUGUUUUCCUGAAUAAAGUAAGAACCAAUAAAAA